UUAUGCAUUAGUUUGACAUUAUGUUAUGAACUUUAUCAAAAUUUAAUCAAAUUCUAAGCACCAUGAAGAGUGCGUAUAAGUAAUCAUAGUUUACAGAAAUUAUUAAUGUAGACAUGGACGUUUUAACCGAUCAAAAACCAAAUAGUCUGGAUUCUCUUGAAAUUCAGCAAUCGCAUGUAACCACGGUAGACUCGUGUUUCAGUUCCACCCAUUGGGGCAGUGUUAAAAUGAGAGAGAAACGAUAUGACAAAAGUGAAACACAAAGGAAAAGAAAUUCGAAAAACCGCUUAUCAAAUAGGAGAAGUACAGGACCAAUAUCACCUGAUGAACUAGAAGCAGCUAUAGCUCUGGAAGUAGCAAAUCAAAACGAGUAGGUAAAUUGUAGAAUAGUUAGGCACCUAUCUGUAAAAUUACUUAUAGGUAGGUACGUGUAUGUAAAUAUACAAUAUCAUUUUAAUAGCGUGUUUACUAAAUAUUUAUACAAAAUAUGUA